AUGAAAUUUUUGUGUAUGCGUUUAUUGUAUCAUUUUGAUAGACGAUAUGGAAAAUUGGAUACGUUUGAAAUUGAAAAGAAAAUUGGGAAAGGACAAUUUUCUGAAGUGUACAAAGCUCGAUGUAAAGAAGAUGGUAGCUAUGUAGCACUAAAGAAAAUCCAGGUUUAUGACAUGGUGGAUGCAAAAGCUCGACAAGAUUGUAUUAAAGAAAUUGAUCUUUUGAAGCAAUUGGAUCAUCCGAACAUUAUUCGAUGUUAUUCAUCAUUUAUUGAAAAUAAUCAACUGAAUAUUGUUCUCGAGUUAGCAGAUGCAGGAGAUCUGAGUCGUAUGAUACGGCAUUUUAAAAGAAGUAAACGUCUUAUUCCGGAGCAUGCAAUUUGGAAAUACUUCGUGCAGUUAGUGCGUGCAUUAAAACACAUGCAUUCGAGGCGAAUUAUGCAUCGAGAUAUUAAGCCAGCUAAUGUUUUCAUUACCGCGAAUGGUUUUGUGAAACUCGGAGAUCUUGGAUUAGGAAGAUUUUUCAGUUCAAGAACCACUGCAGCACAUUCUCUUGUCGGUACACCAUAUUAUAUGAGUCCUGAAAGGAUUCAAGAAAGUGGAUAUAAUUUUAAGUCAGAUCUCUGGAGCAUCGGGUGUUUAUUGUAUGAAAUGGCUGCUUUACAGUCUCCUUUUUAUGGAGAUAAAUUGAAUUUAUAUUCACUGUGCAAAAAAAUUGAAAAUUGCGAAUACCCACCUUUACCAGCUGAUAUCUACUCCAAGCAGCUUCGUGAUUUAAUAUCGCGAUGUGUUUGUUCAAAUCCCAGUAAACGUCCUGAUGUUACUGAAGUGCUCAGUAUUGCUGAACAGUUGAACACGCCUCCGCGCCGCCAAAGUCAAGACGAAUCCAAUUCUCGUAGCGAUGUUUGUGUUUCUCUCAGUAAAUAA